GUCCCUACAAAGUGCCCUCUCUUCCACUCUGCUGAAGGAUAAUAGGAGAAAGCUGAAACCGAAGGGAACCUUGCCCAAAAAGGGGAGGCAGUGUUACUAAGCUCUCCCUUUAUCUUGGACUUGGCUGGAGCUGAGGGACCUGAGCUUUUUUAAGGUUUUAUGAGCGGCACCCAGAGGGUACACAGCAGAAAGGACCCUAUUAACAGAGUGCAGUAAAUGAACUUCCAGUCCAGCAGUGGGUGGGAUUGCUUUGAGUCUCCUGCUGGUCCCUGACAGGCUGAUCUGUGUCCCCCUCUGAAAGUAGGAGAUUGGAUGUGAUAGGGUGAAGUACAGCAUCUCUCUGGCUGACUGAUAGUAGGCGUUCAAGAUCACUGUCUUACACAGGAGACACAGAGAUCACUUUGGGAAAAUACCCCAGCCAUUAGCUCCUGUAGACAAGAAGGAAGACAGACAAAGACUGACAUCAAUGGGACAGGGGACCCAUAGCCUGGUACAGCCAGCCUGAGGAUCUGAUAGGAACCACAACUGUAUGUGUGGAAGACUUGUUGGGAACACAGCAUUGAUCCUGCCCCUCCCAGUAGUGAGAAAGACAAAAGAAGUGCUUUGUGUCUGCGUCUUUAGAAAUGGCUUCUAGCCCCCUGCCAGUAUCAAACGACUUACUGCUUGCAUCUCCCCCCAGCUCCUACCAGCAGGACUCUCUAGGACAGUCUAGGUCCAACCACUCCAGUAUGAAACCCAAUCAAGUCAGCCAGGUCAUUCUUUAUGGCAUCCCCAUCGUCUCUCUUGUCAUCGAUGGACAGGAGAGGCUGUGCCUUGCUCAGAUCUCCAACACCCUUCUUAAGAACUACAGCUACAAUGAGAUUCACAAUAGAAGAGUGGCACUAGGCAUCACCUGUGUGCAGUGUACUCCUGUACAGUUGGAAAUCUUAAGGAGGGCCGGGGCUAUGCCCAUAUCUUCAAGAAGGUGUGGGAUGAUAACAAAGAGGGAGGCUGAAAGACUGUGCAAAUCAUUUCUGGGGGAGAACAGGCCUCCUAAACUUCCAGACAAUUUUGCCUUUGAUGUUACCCAUGAGUGUGCUUGGGGCUGUAGAGGAAGCUUCAUCCCAGCCAGGUAUAACAGCUCCAGGGCAAAGUGUAUUAAGUGUACCUACUGCAACAUGUACUUUUCUCCGAAUAAAUUCAUCUUCCAUUCACAUCGUACCCCAGAGGCAAAAUACACACAGCCAGAUGCUGCCAACUUCAACUCGUGGAGAAGACACUUGAAGUUGACUGAUAAGAGUCCUCCGGAUGAGAUGGUAUUUGCAUGGGAAGACGUGAAAGCCAUGUUUAAUGGAGGGAGUCGUAAAAGAGCCUUGUCUCAUGGACACUGUCACUCGCUGUCUUCUGUGAAGGCCUCAAGUGGGGUCUUGCCACACAUCAUCGGUCAGGAUCUCAACCAGAAGAGGCCACGGUUUGAAGAGGAGGAAGAGAUUGAGCCUUCCAACAUCACAAACAAAACCCAACGUAGCUACCCUGUCAUCCCAGUCCCCAGCAAAGGGUUUGGCAUGCUGCAAAAAUUCCCUGCAAGUACCCUAUUCCCAAGCCCAUAUUCCUUCCCUGCAUUUGGUCUCUGCCAAAAGAAAGAUGACAAUGAGUCUGUAAAUAGCCAGAAAACAAGUGCAUUAUCUGGAUUAUUUUGGCCAGGAAGGAAAGAUGCAUUUUACCCCCCUUUUUGUAUGUUCUGGCCUCCAAGAACUCCUGGUGGUCUACCAGUCCCAACCUAUCUCCAACCUCAACCCAGUGCCCUCACUUCCAUCACAGAGAACCCUACACUGAGACAGGCCUUUCUGGAGCUGUCUGACCAAAGUGAUGGGAGCACUGUCAGUAACACAGGUGAUAACUUGUAUGAGGCCGAAUGCUCCAGUUCUCCAGUGGCCAGUGACAUUAGACCCUCAUCUGAAGCCAGGUCCAACACAUUGGAUGUACCCCCAUUCCCGAUCAGGAAACAGAACUAUCACUCCGCCUUCAGGCCAGUGGUUAAAGAUUCAGAAAGCAUUGCAAAGCUCCAUGGUAGCGUGGAGGACUUCUCUUCCGAAAGACAUGUUUCACCUGGUACAAGUUGUAGUUACCAAAGUGAAUCCUCAGACACAGACGAGGAGCAAGAGGUGGAUGUGGAGUCUAACAAACAACAAGAUGAUGAAGAAGAGGAGACACUUAGCAGUAAAUUUCUCCAAAGCAGAGGCCUGGCAGACAACUCUGACAAAACUUGCAAAGCAAGAUCUCCCUUCUCCAGAAAUGAUACACAUGGGGAGAAAAUAGAAAGCACCGAAAACCAUCCUGCUACCCCAAAAGACUCCAGCUCCUGUCAUACAUCACUGGAGGAAAUUUGCUACAAAGAUACGCAGAAAAGCAAAGAGGACAGUCCGAGCUUAUCUUCCAAAGAAGACUCAUUCCAAGAUAAAAGCAAAGAAAUGCACUUCUACAUCACAGAUUCAGAGCCAUCUGGAGGUGAAUUUUGGAGACAGAUAGGAGGAGAAGCCAGCCAAGAAAACAGUACAUCUCAUUCACUGAAGAAAGAUGUCGGCAGCAUGGGAAAAGAAGAACUUCAGAAAGUCUUGUUUGAACAAAUAGAUCUUCGGCGGAGGCUCGAGCAGGAGUUUCAAGUUUUAAAAGGGACGCCAUCCUUUCCGGUUUUCAAUAACUUUCACGAUCAAAUGAAACGUGAACUGGCAUACAGAGAAGAGAUGGUUCAACAGAUACAAAUUAUUCCAUACACAGCAAGUUUAAUAAGGAAAGAAAAGAUUGGCACACAUCUGAGCAAGAGUUAAAAGCUUGGCCAGCAGAACCUGUGACUACACAAUCGGUUAUAAAAUGAACAAAUAUUUCAAACUGUAUAAAGACUGAAAUUUGAAAGAUCUUUCGGGGGAAAAUGGUUCAGAAGCAAAAGAUGGCCUGGAGCAAUCAGGACCCAUGUGUAUCAUACCAUAUAAAAACUAUUAGUAGACAACAGAAAACCAUAUCUGUAUGGACCUACCGUCAGUACCAAAGUAUAUGCAACCAUUGACCAUGCACUAGGCUUCCUACAGACAGGACUUGGAAAAAGAUGACACGUUCAACCCAUAUUUGCUCUACUCAUAGAGCUGGAAACUCAAAAGAUGUAUCUCAGAACUUCUUAUGGAAUAGAGUUCCUUUCUAUGUUUAGUGGUGUCCACUAUAUGGUGUGGGACAAGUUAAGGACAUGUUGUCAUUUCUGGACUGGACAAAGUGUGACGUUGGCCCUGCCGAUAUUAUAUUCUGCCUGCUGUAUGGAUUAAACUGU